CUGAGGUCUGAGCGCAGUUCGCGGGUCAGCUGCCUGACUUCAUAGCUCGACAAUGGGGGCGCACACCAGGAUCUGUGGGCAAAACGCCCAACGACAAACUGACCGAGUCCUGAAACUGUGGGGCGUCCAUUGGCCAACCUCAACCGAAAGACAGCCUCUGAGUCUUGGUGCUCCAGCAUUUACCUAGUUCUGUCGUGAUGGUUCGGGGUGGUGUGUCUAAUGAGAUGGUGCUUGUGGGAGCUCAUGAUCAUCGGCAUCUGGAUGUCAGACAAUCUGGUGGAUAGGAAAUUGUCUGGGCAGAUCAUGGCUCACAAUUCGCAGGGACAGAGUUAAAGGAAGGCUGCACACUAUCAAGUGCCGCAUUAAAGAAACAGAGUGAUCUGCCAGUGGUUCCCUAGUCUUCAACUAAUAACAAUUCUCUUAGCGCUGGCGAGGGCACCUUCUCUUCCAUACACUUCGAUAUCAGCACUUCGAAGUUGCUCCAGCUGGCUCCUCAUCGAAAGGGUUUGCGAUGGUAUUUGGUCUUGUGCCAUGCCUCUCCACAAUCAGCUGGCUGGGGAGAGGACCGCUGAGAGAUGCAAUCAACUAUGCUUAUGAGGAAUCACAUGACCUCACCAGCUCAAAGGCUGAGGUCAGAGAGUUUGACAGCGUGCUGACAUGUGCCCCUGAGCAGGCGGGGGGGUGCUGGAGGCACCUCCCAUCUCUGGGGGACCAUCUUGGGCGCUGCCUGCACCUCCUGUUGUCAGAGAAAAAUGGGAAGAGGUGCCGAGGUUGCACGAUUGAGCAAACGAUUGGAGAAGCUUUGGAUGGGAAGCCAUCAAGGCGGCCUGCCGUGGGAGGCGAUGCAGACAUCUGGAGCACAGAGAUGGGCGACGCUCCUUGGCCAGCAUUCCAAGUGGAUCAUAUACCAUCACAUUUUGGGCUCAGCAAGAUCCUCCUGGUCGAAGAAGAGCUCAAAAAGGAGGUACUGAGCAUCAGAAAGUUGGGCCGUCAUGUAGCCUCGGGCACGUACGGUCAUGUCUUUGAGGCGGAAGUGGACGGCAUCGGUCGAGCUGCUGUCAAGUUGCUGAAUGAGUCGAUGCUGAAAGAGGAGGGCAACCUGGAAGAAAGUUACGCAGACUUCUUGAUGGAGACAAGUCUCCAUCGCCGGUGUCGACACCAGAACAUUGUACAUUGCUACGGAUUGGCAAGCCUUGCCACUGUUCUGCAAAUGGGGCACCCAGGGCAAAAUGCCAUGGUCAUGGAGCUCAUGUCACCAGACAGUACCCUGACAAACCAGCUGAGAUCAAGGGGCGGGCUACCCUCGGACAAGCUGCUGUCCUGCGCACUGGAUGUCGCCCGCGCUCUGGAGCACAUGCAUGCCCUAGGGAUCAUCCAUUUCGACGUCAAAAGUCAGAACGUCAUGGUGGACGCCUGGGGAGUCUAUAAGCUAACCGACUUUGGGCUGGCUUUUGAGGCGCAAGGCGAGCCCCUUGACUUCUACGGCCGUGGCAGUGUUGCGUACAUGGCUCCAGAGGUUCACGACCGCUCCAAAUUAGUCGAUCAUAAGGUAGAUGUCUUCUCCUUCGGGGUUUUCAUGUGGGAAAUCACGACAGGGUUGGAACCGCACCGUGACCUCAGCUACGACGAGAUUGUUGAGGGCGUGUUGUACAGAGGCCUCCGACCGCCUCUGCCUGAAGAGGCGCCGGCUGGUCUGUCGGCCUGGAUGAGCUUGAUGCAGGAGUGCUGGAGAGAAGCACCUAAGACCCGGCCGUCAUUUGCGACUAUAGUCAAGAAGCUCGAAACUUUUCUGUGAGGUGUUUCAGAAGGGCACUGUCGUGCUUUCGAUCGUGAUCAGAGAUCAUAGUAGGCGCUGCUUCGCCAACUUGCAGCCUUCCUCGUGAAAGUGUUGCAACGCUCGUGCAGAGGUGGAGGUCUCAAGGACUAGGCCGGUCGCCUGUCGGCAUAGGGCAGGUACAUUGCAGCGAAAUAGCGCAGCUUAGGUUAGACUAACACAUAAUCAGUUAGAUAGCUAGUGCCUUCAUAGAGUUCAGGUGUUAUGUUUGGAUAGACAUUGUCGAUCUCAACGCGCUCGUGCACUGAAUGGUGUUGAAUAAAUCUAUCGUGCAAACUGUUC